CAAAGAGAGAGAGCUACAGACAAUACAUGACUGAAGGGAGAUUAGCAGCAUUCGGUAUCUCGUCCAUCUCUUUUCUACCAAAGAAGACCCAUCCGGCUGUGGCACUGGCAUCCUUCUAAUAUCACAGCACACCUGCCCGGUGCUGGAUGGAUACCUCCCCACCAGGGAUGAUGGGCUUGCCGUUCUUGAUGCUGCUGGUAGCAGCUGUUAACUGCCAUGAAGUUGAGCCUGUGUCUGUCUCAAUGGAAAAGAAGCACUAUGUGAGAAUCCAGGGCGAACCAUUCAGUAUUAGCUGCAAAUUAAGUUAUCAUUUCCACAAAUAUGAUUGCCACUGGAGUUAUCCUCCUUCUUCCAAAGUUCAUGUGAAUGCAUCCUAUGGGCAUAGUAAUAGACAAUUCACUACAACAUUGCAACUAUACAUUCCAGAGGUGCAGUUAAGUGAUAGUGGGAAAUAUAUUUGCUCUGGAAACUCUUCUGAACAAAUCUUCAGUAAUUCUUCAGCUAUUCUUCAAGUGACAGAGAGAGGCUUUGUUCAUUUGUCCACCCUACAGAACAUGAGCCAGGAAGUGAGUUUGGGUGAAAACCUGGAACUACAGGUGCUCGUUGAUGCUUACCACAGUCCUCACAACUGGACAUGGACAUAUACGAAUCCAUCAACCGGCUCCAAAAAUGCCAUAUUAAACAGCUGGAUGAGUUUUGAUUACACCAGCAAUAUACUUGGACUGAGCAGGAUGACAGAAACAAUGAGUGGAAUGUACACUUUCUUUGCCAUGAAUGGUGAUGCCAGUGCCUCAAUUACUUUCAACAUCUCUGUGAAAGUUCCACCGACAGCCUAUCCGGUGGACAGUAACUCCUCCAGCCUUUGGUGUGAAGCCAGUGGUUACCCUGCUCCACAUAUUGAGUGGUAUGAAUUGCCUCGCCAUAAUUCUACAUCUAGAUGCAGCCAAGAUGGAGUGCUGCUCAAGAAGGACCCCAAUCCACAGAUCAUGCAUGACAUUCCCUUUGGAAAAGUGUCAGUGAAGAGCAUCCUUUUAGUUGAGGAGAUCAAAGAAACUAUUAUGUUUUGUUGCCUAGCAAUUAAUAGUGAAGGAAAUGAUCCUAUCUUCUACAAACCUCCAGUUAAAGUUUUCCAGGAGGCCCCCACAAAGAUCUCCACAACACUGAUUGCCAGCUGUGUGGGAACUAUAAUUUUGCUUCUUCUGUGUAUCAUCUUCUUAUUCUACAAAUAUACACAGAAACCAAAGUAUGAAGUACACUGGAAGAUCCUUGAGUCCUGUGAAGGAAAUAAUUACAUCUAUAUUGAUCCCACCCAGCUGCCUUACAAUGAGAAAUGGGAGUUUCCCAGGAACAACUUGCAAUUUGGAAAGACUCUUGGAGCAGGAGCUUUUGGAAAGGUGGUUGAAGCCACUGCAUUUGGGCUAGGAAAAGAAGAUUCUGGCCUGAAAGUGGCUGUGAAAAUGCUGAAAUCAACAGCAUAUUCUGAUGAGCAGGAAGCCCUCAUGUCAGAACUGAAGAUCAUGAGCCAUUUGGGGCACCAUGAGAAUAUCGUCAACCUGUUGGGCGCGUGCACCCAUGGAGGCCCCAUCUUCGUUAUCACUGAGUACUGUCCAUAUGGAGACUUAUUGAAUUUCCUGCGAAAGGCAGCUGAAUCUCUCAUAAUCCAGGAUUUAACCUUGGAGUCUUCUUUUGAUAGCACAGUGGCUGACUAUAAGAAUAUGUACCUUGGGAAGAAAUAUGUUCGAAGUGAUAGUGGAUUUGGAAGUCAGUGUAUAGGAGACAGCUAUCUGGAAAUGAGACCAGUGGCAACGUCAAUCUCCAUGCCGGCAAAAGGUCAGAGUUCAGAUUCAGAAGAGGAAAAGGAGAACAAACCAGCUCUUGACUUACAUGACUUGCUUCAGUUCGCUAACCAAGUGGCCCAGGGGAUGUCCUUUCUUGCUUCAAAAAACUGUAUCCACCGAGAUUUGGCUGCAAGAAAUGUGCUAGUGGCUGAAGGACAAGUGGCAAAGAUCUGUGACUUCGGCCUGGCUAGAGACAUUAUGAAUGAUACAAAUUAUGUCGUCAAAGGCAAUGCUCGGCUGCCAGUGAAAUGGAUGGCACCAGAGAGUAUCUUCGAAUGUGUUUACACAGUACAGAGUGAUGUAUGGUCUUAUGGCAUCCUUCUCUGGGAGAUAUUUUCUCUAGGCAGGAGCCCCUAUCCUGGCGUGAAAGUGGACAGUAAAUUUUACAGCCUGGUGAAACAGGGGUACCAUAUGGCCAGGCCUGAUUUUGCUUCAGAUGAUAUGUACAAUAUCAUGAAGGCCUGCUGGAGCUUGGAGCCCAUUCAACGGCCAACCUUCGCUCAGAUUUGCACUGUCAUUCAAAAGCAGCUAGAUGCCACUAAAAAACAGGAUUAUACAAACUUGCCAAGAAACAAAGAAAAUGACAGUGCAUGUGACCCCGCCAGCUUCGAGGAAUCCUGUGAAGUCGGAGAGAGCAGGCAGCCCCUCCUGAACAGCAACAAUUACCAGUUCUGUUAGAGGUGGUUGCUCACAGGAUCUUCAUGUCUGCUUGAGUACUGCAUUUCAGCUGGGAUGCAGGUCCUUCAGGGCCUCUGGGAUUUGCGUAUCUGAAAACUAGAUGCUUUCAUUCACAAGUCACAGCCUGAGAGUCUACUAUGAAUUGGUAACAGACUCCAAGCCAUUUGUUUCCUCCUGCCCUUAACAACUGGCUUGUAUUUAGGUUAGCUAAAAAUAAGAAGCUUAGCUAAGAUCAUUAUAUCAAGAGGGUGAUUGGCAUAACAAAGCACCAUCUCUGAGUAUAAGCAUGCUUGCAAGAGUGGGAAUGGAGCCGUAAAUUUUAAAAGCAAACAUUCAACAUUUCAUAUGUACCUCACUAGCCUUUUGUGUGUAAAUUCUAAGAGAUUAGAUUGUUAGAGAACUCUCUUUAUUAGAGAUUUUUUCUUGUACAUAAAUGAAUAGCCAGUAGUUGGUAACAUUUCCUGCCACAAAGAAUCAACAACCUAUAUACUUCACGUCUCGUAUUCUGUACGGGGACAAAUAGAACAGAAAUAACUUCCUAUUAGCUCAAAUAAAACGAAAAAUACAGCUCUAAUUCUCCGCAGAGUGAGAAUCUCAUACUAGAAGAGUCUCUCAUUUAUGAUUACCAUGUAGAACUUGUUAAUCAUGUCUACAAAACAUUGCAUGCUUUAUAACUAAUUUCCAGUGAUGCAAUCAGUUAGUUAAGAUUUAAGUAUAAGCAAACUUAUGAUUUGACUAAUGGCUGGUUUUGAAUUAACUAAGCUAAUUGCUAGUAGGAAAGAACUAAAGAAUAAAUAUAGUUUAUCAUUUAAUGAUUUGUGGUAAUUCUAUUAACUGAACAACUAUAAUCUAGGAGAACUGCAGCCAUUAUUAUAAUGGAUUGCUUGCUAAAUCAUUAUAAUAGCCUUUAUAAACUGAUUUAUAAACAUUUGACAAACCAAUACUUUAAGUCAAUGGAAAAAAUAAUAAAGAAAAGCUUAAUCCAGUCUAUUUUAUCAUCUCAAAUAUAAAGGGUGAAAAUUCAAAGAACCUAUGAGUUGGUAUAUCACUUCAUUAAGCUAUGUUCUACCCUUUAUUGCUGGCAGCUAAAUGUAUGGACUGACUCCACUGUGUUUCAUGUGAUACGAAAUAAGAAAUUUAAAGCUCUAGUGGUGAGACACUUACUGUAGCUCGCUUAUCAACCUACAACAGACUUUCACUACUCUUAUGCUGGUUGAAUUUUAGAAAAUAUACAUACUGUAUCAAAUGUAGAUGAUGGCUGGAUAGUACAAGCAGAAAUUCUUUUUAGCCCUUAAAGUCUGAAGGGCUCAGUGUACAAAUACUGUACUACCCCCCCACCCCCCCACACACACAUUUCAUCAUCUUGGCAGCUAGAAGCCAUGAGGUACUGCUCCUGUGCUAUUUUUUGGAUACACAGCUGACAGAAGUUCAACAGUGGCCCUAUCUCAGGUCUCUCAGUACUUAGUUAGGGGCUGCUGAAAUUUGCCUUUUAAGCUCACAGGAGAUAUUGUUGGCAAAAGCAUAGUGAGCUAGGGCACUCUGGGGGCCAUAUAGGCUGUGUUUGUGGGGCUACAGGAUGGAGAAACAACACCUGUAUUGCAGAGGCACACAGCUUUGUAAUGGUGGUAAAUUAAAAAUGGUACCGAAAAUAUUGAAGGCAGCUAACUGUAUAGAGGCAUAUAGAUCCAGAGGAGUUAGCCGUGUUAGUCUGUAGUAGCAAAAAUAGAAGCGUCCAACAGCACCUUUAAGACUAACCAACUUUACUGUAGCAUAAGAUUUCGAGAAUCACAGUUCUCUUCUUCAGAUGUAUAGAGGCAGACAGCCUCUAAACAGAAAAGACUGGCAUCUGCUCCAUUUGGACAAGGCUGGUUAUCUAGAUUAUGGAAUGUUCUGAAAUUAAGCUAAUGUUGUAUAUAUGCUUUAAUGUCAAUAAUAUAAGUGUUGGAAUGUAUUAAGUUCCAGAACUUAUAGCAAUGGCAGCAAGGCCAGGACAAUUCUGUUGUUUAUGAUUUCUCCUGAGCUAUUUUUAUAAAAGAAAAACCAACACAAGUUAGGAGCUGUGUUGAUGCGGAACAUUUAACUUACAUUUAUGCCUCAAAGUGGUUCUAUAAUUCACACCUUGUAGCAAUUCUGCAUUUAUACUUCCAGUGUUCCCAAGCUAUCAUGUGAAGCAUUUUAAAUGCUCAGAUGUGUAAAAACAUUACAAGUGUUGCAGCUUUAAAAUCAAAAACUAGAACCAGACAUCCUAAAGGAUGAAGUUAACAUUUUAAUCAAUGUUCUAUAGCAAUUCCAUUUUAUACCAGUUUUAGAGAAAGAGAACCAACUUUUCUAAGCAGCCACAUUUGACAUCUUAUAUAAAUUAAACAGGAAGCCAAUGAAGCUUGGCUACAACUGCCUAUACAAUUAGAAUAUUAACAAAUUGGGGUGUGGGGGGGGUACAUUUUCUGCUCUAUCCCUCUCCUCCUCCUUUCUCUCCCCUGGCAGCCCCCAUAGCCUUCCCCUUCCUUGCUUCCUUCUUUCUUUGCAAUCCACUAACCAAUCUACCUUUAUCUGCCGCUCUGUCUUCAGCUUUCCCUCCUUCCCUCCCCCCAACAAAUGUUUGGUUGAGUUGCAGAGUAGUCCCUGCCACUGGGUCCAGCCAAAUCACACAAAUAGUGAGUCUUUGGUGGUUACUGCCAGAUCUGGCCACAGCAAUUGAGCCCAAAUCCAUUGGGUAUUUUUCCAUUGGACAUAAAUGGGGAAGGGGAUGUUUUAGCCUCCAAGCCCACCCUUGCCCUCCAGCUUUGCUUUACAGAAACCAAGGUUUGGAAGGCUAGCAAUAUUUUUUGUAGCUGCCUAGCAAACCCCAAGAUGGCCCUGAGAUCACAGAAUGUAGCCUCUGUGGGGAUUCUUUUAUUAAAGCUAUAGGUGUUGUUUCUAUUGUUUGGGGGACUUUUAACCUCCUAAUGUGUUUUUUUUGUUAAGAUUCCAGAUUUUCUGCAAACCUGGAACUUCCUUGUAGAGACAUCUCCUUUUUGUCCUUGGCUCCACUUUGUGGAUUAUUGAUCCACACUCAGUGGCCCCGUUGAGAAUUCAAUAUAUGAAACAAAAGGCAUUUGUACUGUAAAGGGGCAGGGUUUUUUAGUACAAACUGAUAUCAUACAAAUAUUUGGAGGACUGUAGCAAAAGCCAGGUUAACAUCUCCAGCUGAAAGCCUGCAGUCUCAGGCUGCAAUUCCCAGUAUGGCUGUCCUAGGCUCCAUAGUGCCUGCUGACAUUUUUCCUUUUGUCUACUUGUUUCCCUCCCUGAAGCAUUACUUCCUUAAGUAGUGAGUGGGUCCUAGUUUUCCUCCACUUCACUGGAGCAGGAGGUGCUUCAAAAGUAUCCGAGGUAUCACCCUUGGGUGUGCAAUAAAUACCCAUUCAGAAAGAGCAUUAUAGGAGUAAGCUUGGCUUAGAACCUGUUUGGCUCCACCUCCCAAAAGUCUGAAAGUGCCCACAGGCUCAGAAAGAUUUGGAACCUCAAUUAUCAGGAAACUAGUCUGGGAAAAUCUCUGCUUGAGAUCUUAGAAAUCAACCAGUAGGCAAUACUAACCUAGUUUGACUUGGUAUAAGAUGGCUCCAUUGUUCUCCAUAUGCACAACUAGCUAACUAGAUUUCUAACACCUUGCACUAGUAUUUUCUUGAUACAUGAUCAUUUUUAAAUAGUUUAACUGCUAUGUUUUAUGUAUCCAAGCCUCUAUUUCCAUUAAAACUGAUUUAAAAUGAACAGACUUAUAAUUGCUCUGAAAAUAAAUCAAGUUGAUUAAGCAUGUA